GAUGGCCUGAGGACAGAGUCCCUCAGGCGUCAAUAACGUGAUGACCUCAGAGCUUUCGCGCCCUGACGCAGGGACGUCGGAGCGGCGUGGGACCGGCGGCUGCUAUGGGCGAGCGGGACGCCGGCGAGGCCGAACGGCGGCUGCUCGACCGCCUGCUCGGUCAGCUGUAUCAGUGCGAGGAUCCUGAGGUGGAUGGAAAGAAGAAUAAGAGGAAGAAACCAAAACUAAAAGGGAGAAAAGGCGAACAAAAGGAACCAGAAGAGAAAAUAGUUUGCUCAGAGUCUCAGCCUGUGCCUUGCACGAACGCAGUGCCCAGAACAAGUGACUUGCAUACAAAGAAAACGGUGAUCUCUUCUGGUCAGACUCCAAAGUGUCUUGUCAGGCUGCGCAGAGAGCUUCUUGAUUCUGAGGAUGACCAGACAGUGUCCACGAAGGAAGAGGGAGGAAAAGAGCCAGAUGAUCAGAAUGUAACAGUCGGUCAAAAGAGGCCGGUGGAAGUUGUAUGCUUCACAAGUGCUCACACGAAAGGGAAGCACCCACCAGUCACAGACAAGCUCAGUAAAGUGACAGACACUGCUGAGCAGGGCACCACAAAACAAAACACGUUCAAUUUGGAGAGGGCCCGUCUGGAAGUGCACAGAUUUGGCAUCACAGGAUACAAAAAAGAACAGCAAAGGAUUUUAGAACAAGAGAGAGCCAUUAUGCUUGGUGCUAGGCCCCCAAAACGUGAAUAUGUAAACUACAAAACUUACCAGGAAAUGAUGAAAAAUAAGUCUACAGCAAAACAAAUGAAAAUGAACUCAAAAUUGGCCCCGUCGAGGGAAAAGAAAACAGACGAAAGGCGGAACAAGAAGGCUGACAAAGUCUUAAGUGGACAGCUGGGAAGAUUUAAAAAUGGAGCACUGAUCCUCAGUGACAAUGACAUCAAGAAACUCAAAUGCAGUUCAAAGUCAAAACACACAUAACUUUGUACAGUUCCAGAAGUAUGGAAAAAUAAAUUUUUAGUCAUAAAUUUUGUGCAGACAAGGCAUUCAGAUGGGUGUUUGUUUUCAUUGUAAUGUUUAGUUAAAAGAAUUUCUGACUGAUUUUUAUUAAUUAUCAAAGCUGCUGAACCUGAAACUUAAUUUUUUAUAUUACUUCAAUUGUUUGUGGUAAAUGUGGUUAAAAAAUGUUUGCCUAAGAGGUAGGUUCAUUCGGAAGACACUGGAAAUUGUUAGCAAUGUUUGCUGUACAGAUAAAUGACCUAUAAAUGGGUAAAUAUUAUUCAUGAUGCACAUUAAUCAGAUUACAAAAGUUGGCUGUGAUUGCUGGCAGCUAUGUUCCUGCCAGUUCCUUCAAUAAGGGCUACUGAGUCUAAUAUCUCUGGAAUAUGAGUUCUGGAAUAUGAGUUCUGGAAUAAACUGGGUUAUUCCUUCUGAAGAUUUCAAGCAUCAGCUUAAGUCUCUCAAGUUGGGAUUUUGUAUUUUUUUUGGGACAAUGCUACUGUUUCUACAAAAGAGCUAACUUGGAACACAAAGCUUUGGACUAAUUUUGAAUAAUUCAUCAUUGAAUCAAGCACUAUCCUGAAUCGUGUUAGACCUGGAGAUGAUGUUGUACAGAAGGUUCUUCGGAAGUCAAGAAUGGUGUGCAAAUCUUAUGGUUACAGCCAUUUUAUUAGGUGUUUAUUAUGGUACUGGUCAGACAGGGUCAGCCUGUACCAGCAAGCAAGGCAA